CUCCCGAACUCGGAACGAAGAGGAAGUUUGGGCCUUUACGGCCACCACCCGCUACAAUAUGGCUUCCCCCAGGGAAAGGCGAGACCUAACGUCAAAGUAUAGACUCUAAAUCCUUCCUCACAUGGAUCGUAACGCAGAGUUCAAGAGAUGGAAGGCACAGGGUCUGAGCAAAGCAGACCUCAGCCGAAAGGGCAGUGUGGAUGAGGAUGUGGUAGAACUUGUGCAGCUCCUGAAUGGGCGAGAACAGUACUUCACCACGAGUUCCUGCGCUGGGCGCAUCAUCCUCCUAGAUGGGAAUAUAAAUGGUUUUGAGGUUCAAAAGCAAAACUGUUGCUGGCUACUGGUCACACACAAACCUUGUGUAAAAGAUGAUGUGAUUGUAGCUCUGAAGAAAGCAAAUGGUGAUGCCAUUUUGAAAUUUGAACCACUUAUUCUUCAUGUGCAGUGUCGACAGUUACAGGAUGCACAGAUUCUGCAUUCAGUGGCAAUAGAUUCUGGUUUCAGGAACUCUGGCAUAACUGUGGGAAAGAGAGGAAAGACUAUGUUGGCUAUCCGGAGCACACAUGGCUUAGAAGUUCCAUUAAGCCAUAAAGGAAAACUGAUGGUGACUGAGGAAUAUAUCGACUUCCUGUUAAAGGUAGCAAAUCAAAAAAUGGAGGAAAACAAGAAGAGAAUUGAAAGGUUUUACAACUGCCUACAACAUGCUUUGGAAAAAGAAACUAACUCACAUCCCAAAGAGAAAAUCAAAGACAAAAAUAAUUCAUCAUAUAGUCAUAAGAAAAAAAGAAACCCAGAAGCAUGUGGCAAAUGUAUUGAAGAAAAUGAUAAAGAACUUGAAAAUGAUGAUGAUCCAGGAAUCAGUGUUACUAUCUUCCCUGAAGAUUACUAAGAUUGGGUCUUGGUAGUGUAAUGUUUCUAAUAGAUAUUCCAAAGCUGCUCUUUAUAAGAGUAUUUUAGUUUCUUGAGCAUAUGAGCCACUCAGAAAAGCAAGAUUUAUUCUUUCUCUGUAUUUUAGAGAAAUCCCUAACUUUUAAAAAUAGCUGUGUAUAAUAUUUGCUUAUUAAAUACCAUCUGUUUUAGUCACAUAGAGAUUUCCUUGCAAAAAUAAAAUUGACUGGGGCACCUGGUUGGCUCAGGCAGAGAAGCAUAGGAUUCUCCAUUGUGGGGUCAUGGGUCUGAGCCCCACGUUGGGCAUAGAGAUUAUUUAAAAAUAAAAUCUUUUAAAAAACAAAGCAAAA